CGGCUGCUUUUUUUUUUUUUGGUCUUUUCCCCCCCCCCCGGGGGCGGGGGUCUACCAUGGCACCGGAUUUCUUAGUGCUUUUCUGCUUGGCCUCCGCAGUGACGGCAAUGGAAGAAACCUUAAUGGAUACACGCACAGCUACCGCCGAACUCGGCUGGACGGCCAAUCCGGCAUCGGGGUGGGAAGAAGUCAGCGGCUAUGAUGAGAAUCUGAACACCAUCCGCACUUACCAGGUGUGCAACGUCUUCGAGCCCAACCAGAACAACUGGCUUCUCACCACGUUCAUCAACCGGAGGGGGGCCCACCGCAUCUACACGGAGAUGCGAUUUACCGUGCGAGACUGUAGCAGCCUCCCCAACGUUCCCGGCUCCUGCAAGGAGACCUUCAACCUCUACUACUACGAGACAGACUCCGUCAUUGCCACCAAGAAGUCGGCCUUCUGGACGGAGGCCCCCUACCUCAAAGUGGACACCAUCGCGGCCGACGAGAGCUUCUCCCAGGUGGAUUUCGGGGGGAGGCUGAUGAAGGUCAACACGGAAGUGAGGAGCUUUGGACCGCUUACCCGCAAUGGCUUUUACCUGGCUUUUCAGGACUACGGGGCCUGCAUGUCCCUCCUCUCGGUCCGAGUCUUCUUCAAGAAGUGCCCCAGCGUCGUGCAGAACUUCGCCGUCUUCCCCGAGACCAUGACCGGGGCAGAGAGCACGUCUCUCGUAAUAGCCCGGGGCACCUGCAUCCCCAACGCAGAGGAGGUGGACGUGCCCAUUAAACUGUACUGCAACGGGGAUGGAGAGUGGAUGGUCCCCAUUGGGCGCUGUUCUUGCAAGGCCGGCUAUGAACCUGAAAACAGCGUGGCCUGCAAAGCUUGCCCAGCGGGAAUGUUCAGGGCGAAUCAGGAAGUGGGGGUCUGCUCCCAGUGCCCCUCCAACAGCCGCUCUCCGGCGGAAGCCUCUCCCAUCUGUAUCUGCCGCACUGGGUAUUACCGGGCAGAUUUGGACCCGCCGGAAGUGGCCUGCACCAGUGUCCCCUCAGGCCCCCGGAAUGUGAUCUCCAUCGUCAAUGAGACGUCCAUCAUUCUAGAAUGGCACCCCCCCAGGGAGACGGGCGGGCGUGACGAUGUCACCUACAACAUCGUCUGCAAGAAAUGCCGCGCGGACCGCCGGGGUUGCUCCCGCUGCGACGACAACGUGGAGUUUGUGCCGAGGCAGUUGGGUCUGACCGAGACGCGGGUCUUCAUCAGCAGCCUGUGGGCCCACACGCCCUACACCUUUGACAUCCAGGCAAUCAACGGGGUGUCCGGCAAAAGCCCUUUCCCUCCACAGCAUGUCUCGGUCAAUAUCACCACCAACCAAGCUGCUCCCUCCAUAGUUCCUAUCAUGCACCAGGUAAGUGCCACCAUGAGGAGCAUCACCCUGUCCUGGCCGCAGCCGGAGCAGCCCAACGGCAUUAUCCUGGACUAUGAGAUCCGUUACUACGAGAAGGUGAGCCGGAUCUGCACCCCUGACGUUAGCAGCACUGUGGGCUCAAGACCAGCUGCCGCUGUUGAACCAUCAGCACCCGGCAUUCUGGAGAAUACAGUAAUUUCUACACAAGCUCUCUUAACCAACGACCAAACCGGAUGUGGAGCAAAUGAGUACAUCCUAUGGCCAAGAGUCAGACCAACACAGGCAGAUCGAGGGGCUGAGGCCCGGCAUGGUGUUAUUGUGGUCCAGGGAGCAGGACCGUGGCUUGGUUACGGCCAGUACAGUGGGAAGAUGUGCUUCCAGACCUGACCGAUGGCAGAUGAUGACUACAAGUCAGAGCUGCGGGAGCAGUUGCCAUUGAUUGCUGGAUCCGCAGCUGCCGGAGUGGUGUUUAUCGUCUCAUUGGUGGCCAUUUCCAUCGUUCUAUCCAGGAAACGUGCUUACAGCAAAGAGGCCGUGUACAGUGAUAAACUUCAACAUUACAGCACUGGCCGAGGCUCCCCAGGAAUGAAGAUCUACAUCGAUCCCUUCACUUAUGAAGACCCAAAUGAAGCCGUCCGGGAGUUUGCCAAGGAGAUCGAUGUGUCUUUUGUGAAAAUUGAAGAAGUCAUUGGCGCAGGAGAAUUUGGGGAAGUCUACAAGGGGCGCCUGAAGCUACCCGGCAAGAGAGAGAUCUACGUAGCUAUCAAGACUCUCAAGGCUGGCUACUCGGAGAAGCAGCGGCGGGAUUUUCUGAGCGAGGCAAGCAUCAUGGGGCAGUUUGACCACCCAAAUAUCAUUCGCCUGGAAGGUGUGGUCACCAAAAGCAGGCCGGUCAUGAUCAUCACGGAAUUCAUGGAGAACGGAGCGCUGGACUCCUUCCUCAGGCAAAACGACGGGCAGUUCACCGUGAUCCAACUGGUGGGCAUGCUGAGGGGGAUAGCGGCUGGCAUGAAGUAUCUGGCAGAAAUGAACUACGUCCACCGGGACCUGGCUGCCAGGAACAUCCUGGUCAAUAGCAACCUGGUGUGCAAAGUGUCCGACUUUGGCCUUUCCCGCUACCUGCAGGAUGACACCUCGGACCCCACCUACACCAGCUCCUUGGGCGGGAAGAUCCCAGUGCGAUGGACAGCCCCAGAGGCCAUAGCUUACCGCAAGUUCACCUCGGCCAGCGACGUCUGGAGCUACGGAAUCGUCAUGUGGGAAGUUAUGUCGUUCGGAGAGCGACCCUACUGGGAUAUGUCCAACCAAGAUGUGAUCAAUGCCAUCGAACAGGACUAUCGGCUUCCACCUCCCAUGGACUGCCCAGCUGCCCUGCACCAGCUCAUGUUAGACUGCUGGCAGAAGGACCGCAACACUCGACCGCGCUUCACAGAGAUCGUCAACACCUUGGAUAAGAUGAUCAGGAAUCCAGCAAGUCUCAAGACCGUGGCGACCAUCACCGCCGUGCCUUCCCAGCCACUGUUAGACCGCUCCAUCCCAGAUUUCACUGCCUUUACCUCAGUGGAUGAUUGGCUCAAUGCCAUUAAAAUGGUCCAGUACAGGGACAGUUUCCUGACUGCUGGGUUCACCUCUCUCCAGCUGGUUACUCAGAUGUCAUCAGAAGACCUCCUGAGAAUAGGGGUGACUUUGGCAGGACACCAGAAAAAGAUCCUGAACAGCGUGCAGUCCAUGAGGGUACAAAUGAGUCAAUCUCCCACCUCGAUGGCAUGAGUGUUCUGAUUUCCUGACGAUUGGGCAAAGGUUGGCGAAGGUGGGCAAGGGCUGAGGGUCGGAGGGGGAAAAGGAGGUGGACGAAGCCGUGGAAAACUCUGAAGAGGUUCGUGUGUAGUAGCCCCCGCCAACGAAGACUAAACCGGACGUGUUUCUGCCAGGCAACUUCCCGUUUCUCACUGACAGAAGCACCCUUCUGAUGCCAUGGGAAACCAAAUAUAGAACUAUAAAUAUGUAAAAAGCCUAUAUGUAAAAGGAAAUGAAGACAAACCAAUGUGUGUCGGGGGAACGAAAAUAAACUCAAAUCCCGCCAUCGGUGAGCUGGAGUCAAACAUGAUAGGGAGAAAGAGGGAAGGAAGGGGAGGGGAGAAAAAAGAAAACUUUCUAAUUUUCCUCUUCACCAUGAGCUUUUCGAUUUCCCUUUUAGUACUCCCCGCCCCUCCCCAGCCGCCUCCACCAUCCUCCUUCCUCUCCCACAUCCAUCCCCCCCUUUGCUCACGACUGGAUGUGGAAAUUUCCGCAAAGGACCGCCCGGCUCCUAAAUACCAAGAUGCCACUCUGUCAGUUACCAAAGGACCUAGCUGGCCACUGCAUGGGAGACCCACACCCGCCAAUUAAUGUCUUCAUAUUGAAGAAGAGAUGUACCUUCAAUUGAAACCUUGUUUUUCUUUGGUUUGCAUUUUUUUGCAAAAAGGAAAAAAAAAACCACAAAUUGGGAAAAGACAACCCUGUUUCCAUGUGUGCAAGCACGCGUGUGUACGUCUGCGUUGUAAAAAACCGUGGAUCCAUUGCUCGUACCCGACGGACCCAACUAGGGGAGAAGAGCCGCCAUCUUGUCGCCUCCAGGGAAAGCUUGGGGCAAUGCGGGGGGACGGUGUUGCUUCAACUGGACCGGUGGUUUUGUGGGGAGGCGGGAAGAGAGAGAAAGGAAAACCAAACUCUCAAUGGGUUUGUGAACACAGAUGCAGGAGGCAGAAGAAUGGCUGAGCAGGCCAAGCUAGAUCAGUGCUGACUCCUGGAUUAUCCAGCGGUGGGGGUUAGCGGGAAG